AUGCGCACCUGGCUCGGCCGCGGCCGGUCCCUGCAGGCCGGCAUCACCACCUGCUGCCUCGUCGCCUUUGUCCUCUUUGGCUACGACCAGGGCGUCUUCAGCGGCAUCCUGCAAAAUGCCGACUGGCUCGACCGGUUCCACUACCCGUCCGACACCAAGACGGGCAUUAUUGUUUCGUGCUACAACCUCGGCUGCCUGACGGGGUGCAUAGUCAACUUCUGCAUCGGCGAGCGCCUCGGCCGCCGCCGCACCAUCUGGCUCGCCAUGGGCGUCGUCAUCCUCGGCGCCACCCUCCAGGCCUCGGCCUACAGCGUCGCGCACCUCGUCCUCGGCCGCGUCGUCACCGGCGUCGGCACCGGCAUCAAGACGUCCACCGUGCCGCCCUACCAGGCCGAGCUGUGCGACCGCCAGUCCCGCGGGCGCCUCGUCUCCGCCGAGGUGCUCUUCGUCGGCGUCGGCAUCGUCCUCGCCUACUGGUUCGACUUUGGCAUGAGCUUCGUCGGCGGCGGCGGCGUCGGCUGGCGCCUGCCCCUCGCCUUCCAGGUCGUCUUCGCGCUCGGCAUCGUCGCCCUCGUCUUCGCCCUGCCAGAGUCCCCGCGCUGGCUCUUCAACCACGGCCGCGAGGACGAGGCCGUCGCCGUGCUCUGCGCCGUGCACGACCGCGCGCCCGACGACGACUACAUCGAGUCGGAGCGCCGGGCGAUCCUCGACGCCAUCGCUCUCGAGAGACGCGCGGCGGCGGCGGCGGACGACGACGACGAAUCCUCGUCGGGCCUUGCAGCAGCAGCGUUCGCCGGCGUCUUCCGCCGCGACGAGGUGCGCACCGGCCACCGCGUCCUGCUCGCCUGGGGCAUGCAGUUCAUGAACCAGGUGGGCGGCAUCAACCUCGUCGUCUACUACAUCCCCUCGGUGCUGGUGCAAAACGUCGGCAUGGAUCCGCAGCUCGCACAGAUCCUCGGCGGCUGCAUCAACAUGAUGUUCAUGAUCGGCUCGCUGCUCCCGACCUUUGCGCUCGACCGCAUGGGUCGCCGCAAGACCAUGAUGUGGGGGUCGCUCGGCCUCGGGCUCAGCAUGCUCAUGAUCGCGGCCCUCCUCUCGCAGGCCUCCCCCGGGAACACCUCGCCGCGCGCCCACGCCUUCGCCUCCGCGUCCGUCGCCUUCUUCUUCACCUACAUGCUCGUCUUCGGCGGCAGCGUCAACUGCGUCCCCUGGGUGUACGUGGCCGAGAUCCUGCCCCUCGCGGCGCGCACCCGCGGGGCCGCCAUCGGCGUCAGCUCCAACUGGCUGUGGAACUUCGCCAUCGUCAUGAUCACGCCCAUCAUCAUCAACAGGCUGCAGUGGAAGGCCUACCUCAUCUUCACCGCCACCAACCUGCUCUUUGUGCCGACCGUCUACUUCUUCUACCCGGAGACGAGCAACAUCCAGCUCGAGGACAUUGACCACGUCUUCUCGCAGGGCGGCAACCCCGUGGCCGUGGCGCGGAAGCUGCAGAGGGACAUGCGCCGCAGGGAGCGAGACGCCGGGCCGUCGGAGGUGGGCCAGGUGGAGAAGUCGCGAGCAGGCGUUGAGAUGCACGAGGAUUUAUCGCGCUGA